GUCGCAAAGCAGAGCAGGGGGCCACAGGUCCACAAGUCAAUGGCCGCCCUCUCAUUUCUUCUCCGAUCUUCAUUGCGUUCACUUUUAAAUUCAAUACUCAUAAACACUCCUUGUCUUCACUGUGUCGUCUUAAUAAACCCUUUUAAUCCGAUCUUAAACGGAUUCCGAUGCAAAAAAAAUGGCAAAUCCUCCUCCAAAAUCCUUCAUAAAGGCGGCAACUCUGUUUCUGUCUCUGUUUCUCUUCUCUCCGCCGUCUGUGGCUGUUGAUUUCUUAACAGCCUCACAAAACCUCACCGGCGCCGCCACUCUGGUGUCGGAGAAAGGGUUUUUCGAACUGGGUUUCUUCAGCCCUAGAAAUUCCACGAAUGUUUACUUGGGAAUUUGGUAUAAAAUCAUCCCAAUACGUACGAUCGUUUGGGUUGCGAACAGAGAAAACCCCAUUGUUGAUUCUUCCGCUGCUGUUCUUAAAAUCAACACUACAACGAAUGUUCUUGUUCUCUUGCAGGAUAACGCCGUUGUUUGGCUUGCAAAUACGUCGAAAUCGGUAGAGAUUCCGAAACUCCAGCUCUUGGACAAUGGAAAUCUGGUGUUGAAGGACGCUAAAUCGGAGGUAAUUUCAUGGCAGAGCUUCGAUUAUCCAACGGAUACAUUACUACCCGGAAUGAAGCUUGGAUGGGACUUCGAAAAUGGAAUCCAACGCCGGUUAUCAGCAUGGAAAAGCUCCGAUGACCCAUCUCCGGGGAGUUUAACCAUGGAAAUGAUGAACACAAACUACCCAGAACCGGCGAUGUGGAAUGGCUCGAAAGAGUUCAUGAGGAGUGGACCAUGGAACGGUCUUCAAUUCAGCGCAAAACCCACCUCGGCCUUACCGAUUUUGGUCUACAGCUACGUAAACAACAAAUCCGAGCUCUCUUACAGCUAUGAACUCAUAAACUCCUCAUUAAUCGGAAGAAUGGUGCUGAAUCAGACGCUGACGAGAAGAGAGGCAUGGAUAUGGUCGGAUUCUGAGAAGAAUUGGAAGCUAUAUGCAACUAUGCCGAGGGAUUACUGCGACACCUACGGGCUUUGUGGAGCGUUUGGGAGCUGCAACAUUGAGCUAACACCAGCUUGUCAAUGUCUACAAGGGUUUCAUCCAAAAGUGCCUGAGAAGUGGAAUUUGAUGGAUUAUGCUGAUGGGUGUGUAAGAAAUAAGCCCUUGAAUUGUUCUUCUACUGAUAAACUUGGGUUUGCGCAGAUUCCUGGGCUGAAAUUGCCUGAUACUCAGCUAACUUGGGUUAAUGAAAGCAUGAGCUUAAACGAGUGUAGAGACAAGUGUUUGAGGAACUGUUCUUGUGUGGCAUUUGCCAAUACUGACAUCAGGGGCUCAGGGAGUGGCUGCGCUAUUUGGCUUGGGGAUCUUAUUGAUAUCAAAGUGGUUCGAAGAGGGGGCCAGGAUUUGUAUGUUAGGAUGCUGGCUUCUGAAUUGGAGACGAAGAAGAAGACGAGCUCGGUUGUCGUCGGCGUUAUCAUCGGAGCGACCGUUCUGGUGAUUGCUGGUCUGGUUUUGAUUGGGUUUUACAUCAUUAGAAGCAAGAGGAGAAGCCUUGAAGGAAUGGGCAAGGAUCUUGGACAGCAAGAAGACUUGGAGCUUCCAUUCUUGGACUUGGCAACUAUAUCCAAUGCCACAGACAAUUUUGCAAGCUACAAUAAGCUCGGAGAAGGUGGCUUCGGUGCAGUUUUUCGGGGUAGGCUUGCAGAUGGACAAGAAAUUGCAGUAAAGAGACUUUCUAGCUAUUCGAGACAAGGAACCGAAGAAUUUAAGAACGAAGUGAUACUCAUCGCCAAACUUCAACAUCGAAAUCUCGUAAAACUUCUCGGUUGUUGCAUCGAAGGAGAGGAAAAGAUGUUGAUUUAUGAGUACAUGCCCAACAAUAGUUUGGACUCCUUCAUAUUUGAUAACGAUAGAAAGAAGCUUUUAGAUUGGUCGAAACGAUUCAAUAUCAUAUGCGGAGUAGCUCGAGGGAUUCUUUACCUUCAUCAAGAUUCGAGAUUGAGAAUUAUACAUAGAGAUUUAAAAGCAAGUAACGUCUUGCUUGAUAUCGAUAUGAAUCCGAAAAUCUCGGAUUUUGGAAUGGCUAGAACGUUUGGAGGGGAUCAAACCGAAGGAAAUACUCGGAGAGUGGUCGGAACGUAUGGGUAUAUGGCACCAGAAUACGCCAUUGACGGACAGUUUUCCAUCAAAUCAGAUGUCUUUAGUUUUGGGAUUUUAUUGUUGGAAAUCGUAAGUGGAAAGAAGAACCGAGGAAUUUUCCGCCCUAACCAAGCUCUCAACCUUAUUGGACACGCAUGGAAGUUGUGGAAUGAAGGAAAACCAUUAGAGUUGGUCGACGCAAGCAUGGGAGAAUCUUAUGCUCUAUCUGAAGUGUUACGAUGCAUUCAUGUUAGUCUUUUGUGCUUGCAACAGCAUCCCGAGGAUAGACCGACCAUGUCGAAUGUGGUAUUAAUGCUAAGUAGUGAGAGUACCUUGGCACAACCGAAACAACCGGGAUUUUACAUGGAAACGGGUCCUGUUGAAGCAUAUUCUCAUUCUAGCAAGAACGAAUCUUCUACUAAUGAAUUAACUAUUACGCUCAUGGAGGCUAGAUAACUAUGUAUUUUCCUCAUAUAGCUCUUUUUCAAUGUUUCAAAUUUGUUGAUAAUCAUGAAUAGAAUAGACAAACGGGUAAAGCUCGUUUGCAAAACGACCCUUAUCUCUUAAAGGGUUCAAAGAAGUCGAGAAUCUAUUUAUAUUUA